AACAAACAGGCAGACACAGAGAGUGGAGUGUUCCAUUUCAAAAUUCAAAAUUUGAAUAAAGCGAAGAAGAAAAAGAAAAAUGGCUUCAGUUUCCGGCAACAUGAAGGGUUUCUACAGGCAGAAGAAAAGCAACACCAAAUCUUCCAAGAAAGCCUCUGCCAAGUCUUCCAAGAAAGCCUCUGCCAAGUCAGAUGCAGCCCAACCUACCGCUCUCGUCUCUCACGAAGAUGAUUACAGUGCUGGCGAGGCAAUGCUGCGGCAAUUCGACAUGAACAUGGCGUAUGGCCCUUGCGCUGGGAUGACAAGGACGGCACGGUGGGAGCGUGCGCAGAAGCUUGGUCUCAACCCUCCACAGGAAAUCGAGAAGCUCUUGAAGAGUGGCAAGGUUCAGAACGAGUCCUUGUGGGAUGGUCGCAUUUAGGAGCUAGGGUUUUUCUUACCCUAUGCCCAAAAUCGAAUCUGUUUGGGUGUUUAGGUUUUGUUUAGGGUUUGAUGGCUGGGGUAAAAUAGUGUUCAGCUUCUUGCUGGGUCCUAUUUCCCUGCUUCUAUACCAUUAUGUUAUAUCAAUGAAGUUCAAUAUGUUUUGAUCUAUGUAAUAUCUAAUGUUAUUGGACCUGUCUCUAGAUGUUAAUUAAUUCUAGUUAACCUGGUAUCAAAUCAUGGUUUACUUUUCAGGA